UCUCCAAGAUGAAAUUUUUUUCUUCCAUUGCAGACGAUUGACAGAUCUGGAGAUGGACUUGGGCUGAAACAUGUUGCUCGGGGCCCUGAUCUUGUCCUUCUCGUACCCGGCGCUGGGAACGAUCAACUGCUACACGUGUGUGAGCCGGAAUGGAAGUGACAUAAACUGCGAGGAUCCCUUCCACCCGGCCAUGUCCAAGUACAAGAUGGAUUGCAUGGUUCCCAAACGCUUCCACCAGGGGAAAUUCCCAGCCAACUUCUGUCUCAAGAUCAUAGGGAAGAACGCUGUCACCCAGGAAAGCCUGGUGAUUCGGACCUGCAUCCUGGAAAACAUGAACUCUCAGUGUGGGAUCUUCAGGUUCGAUGACGUCGAGAUGACGGGCUGUGUCCUCACGUGCAACUCGGACGGGUGCAAUCGAUCCCCCAAGUCCGGGCUCCCGGACUUAUUCGUCCUCGUCCUGCUCGUCUUUUCUGUACUCGUCCUUGUGUCCUCCUUUCCAAAUUUCCCAAGAUUGUGAAAACGAAGACAACGGCACCAACUGUGAUAUUUUUUUGCCGUAUUGAUCUAACUCCGUUGUUUGUAUAUUCCCAGCUGAUAUUCAUCGUCGUCGGCGGGAUUUUCUUUUUCCACUGGAAUAUCAGCUAGCUCUUCUGUAGAUAGUGAAACAUCGGCACGGCAGCUUAUUUCAGGAUCUGAAAUGAUUAGAACUGCACCUUGGCAGUGCAAUCACGCAUAGGGCUUCAUUACCCGACUUCUCCCUUUUUUCUCGAAUAAAACUCUUCUCCC